GCUUGCCCUUCCCUUCUCCGUCCAGAUCUAUUUUUUUUUUCUUUUUUUCAUUUCUUUUCCUUAUUUUGUUAUUUGCUCAAUUUAUUAUUUCCUAAAUUCGUACGUAAAUAAUCAAAUCUAAAAGCGGAAAAUAUCCAUAGAUCUUAGAAAAAUAAAAUUAGCGUGAAGAGUCGUGUCUCGUGACCAUAGAGUAUAGAGUCGUAGACACUUAUCAGUUGUUAUGUCUAAUAUAGAAAAACGCAGUUCCAGAAGGUGAAGGUCUUAAACUCACAACCCCAGCCCUUAUUCAUAGGACCCAUCUUUGUAAGCUCUCAGUUGCUUUCUUCUACUUAUAUCCAAUCAUUCCUUAUAACCUCCUCUAUUCUGCCCUUUGAUUUAAUUUUAGCCCAAACCCAACCCUUUCCCUUAUUUUUUUAAAUUUAAUUUAAUAUCCUUUUUGCUUGUUAUUUAAUUUGGGCACGGGACCUGACCCCAUCAUCCCCUCUUUCUUCCAAUGUCUAAAACCUAGAGCCGCACUUGGUAUAAAUAUAUAAUUAUCAAUAUCAAUAUCAUCUAUCUAGCGAUCACUAAGCAAUAGCCCCAGUAAGUGUGUGCGAGGCAUCGAUUAGGGAAAAAGAAGGCACAACAUUUUUCACAUAAAAAAACCAAAAAACCAAUUUCACCCACCCACCCACCUCCACCCCUCUAAUAGACCCAGCAAAAUACUCACCUUCGUGCGUAAACUUCCCCCACUCCUAUUAUUAAGGGUGGUGAGAUACAGCGUCAUCAGUCAUAGCAUGCAUAUCAUAUACCAAACUCUAUUUUAGAUUAGUCUCAUGGAAGUGCUGCCUUGUUCUGGUGUUCAAUAUGCUGGGGAAUCUGAUUGCCCUCAGCAGAGUUCAGGAACAGCAUUUGUAUACCAGGAACAACCUAAUUGCCCCGAAAAUGGUGAACAUGUCAACUUUGUAGCUGCUCAACUGAAUGAAUCAUCACAUAAGAUGCAAGGGCCUCAGAUAGAAAGACAUUUGUCGACUAAUUCAGAUUGCCAAUGCAUUGGAACUUCAUGUUGUGAUUGUCAAGUGGAUGACCAACAUGAAUAUUGUGGUUUUCAUGAUUUUGAAGAAGACAUGAUUAAUGAACCUUGCUUGACAUCUGAGAACUUUAUCUCUGUUGUGGAUACAAUUGAAAUUGAAUCACCAAACAACAGUAGGGAAGGAGACUUGUCAUGUUCCGAACCCAAGUGGCUAGAGGGAGAUGAAUCUGUGGCAUUGUGGGUCAAGUGGAGAGGGAAGUGGCAGGCUGGUAUCCGGUGUGCAAGGGCUGACUGGCCAUUAUCAACUUUGAAAGCAAAACCAACUCAUGACAGAAAGAAAUAUUUUGUUAUAUUUUUUCCACACACAAGAAUUUAUUCUUGGGCAAACAUGCUGCUUGUUAGAUCAAUUAAUGAGUAUCCCCAUCCUAUUGCAUAUAAGACUCAUCAGGUGGGAUUGAAAAUGGUAAAAGACUUAACUGUUGCACGGCGCUUUAUAAUGCAAAAGCUAGUUGUUGGUUUGCUGAACAUGGUCGAUCAGUUUCAUUUUAAUGCUUUGACAGAAACUGCACGUGAUGUGAAGGUCUGGAAGGAAUUUGCCAUGGAGGCUUCUCGUUGUAAGGGUUAUUCCAAUUUUGGAAGAAUCCUUCUAAAGCUGCAUAAAAGCAUACUGCAGCACCAUAUAAAUGCUGACUGGUUACAGCAUUCUUAUCUCUCUUGGGCUGAAAGAUGUCAGAGUUCAAAUAGCGCUGAAUCAGUGGAGCUGCUGAAGGAGGAAUUGUUUGAUUCUAUUUUGUGGAAUGGGGUCAAUACUCUCUGGGAUGCAGUUGCACCAAUGCAAUCAACAUUAGGUUCUGAAUGGAAAACCUGGAAGCAGGAUGUGAUGAAAUGGUUUUCUGCACCACCUUCCUUAUCGAGCAGCAAAGACACCCAGCAACAGAGUUCUGAUGAUUUGUACCAAGCAAACCUUCAGGUUUGUAGAAAAAGGCCCAAACUUGAAGUUCGUCGUGCAGAUACACAUGCUUCACAAGUGGAAAUCAAGGACCAAACUAUUGCUCUUGAAGCUGACCCUGGCUUCUUUAAGAAUCAGGACACGUUGAGCACAAUAGCAGUUCAGUCUUGCAAACAGGAAGGUGUUAGGGAGGUGUCUAUGACAACUUCACCUAGUAAUUUGGCAAAUAAAUGGAAUGAAAUUGUAGUUGAGGCUACCGCUUCUGAUUUCUUACAUAUCAAAGAAAUGGAAUCAACACCUACAAAUGAAAUGAGUGUUGCAAAAUCUGUAGAACCUGGUAGUAAGAAUCGACAAUGUAUAGCUUAUAUUGAAGCAAAGGGAAGACAGUGUGUGAGAUGGGCAAAUGAUGGUGAUGUAUACUGUUGUGUACAUUUGUCCUCUCGAUUUUUGGGCAGCUCAACAAAAUCCGAAAAGCCUGUUCCAGUUGAUACUCCAAUGUGUGAAGGUACAACUGUUCUGGGUACUAGAUGUAAGCAUCGUGCCCUACCUGACUCUUUAUUCUGUAAGAAACACAGGCCACAUGCUGAAACAGAGCAGACCUCAAAUUUACCCCAGAAUACACUAAAGAGGAAGCAUGAAGAAAAUUAUACUGGUUCAAAGGACAUGUAUGCAUUGGUAAAUGUUGAGAGUCCACUGCAAGUGGAUCCAGUGUCAUCCAUUGGUGGUGAUUCUGUACAUGUAGAAAGCAACUUUAAUGAGAAGCCCAAGCAUUCUGAAAAUGAUCAUAAUGCAGUGGUGUCAAUGCACUGUAUAGGUUCUCCUCCCUAUGAUUACAAGAAUCCUUGUAGGGAAGGUCCUAAAAGGUAUUGCUUGUACUGUGAAAGACACCUUCCAAGCUGGCUUAAGCGUGCUAGAAAUGGGAAGAGUAGAAUAGUAUCAAAAGAAGUGUUCACAGAACUUUUGGGGGAAUGUAGCUCGUGGGAGCAAAAGGUACAUCUUCAUAAAGCAUGUGAACUUUUUUACAGGCUGUUCAAAAGCAUUUUAUCAUUAAGAAAUCCUGUUCCUAAGGAUGUCCAAUUCCAGUGGGCUUUGACUGAAGCCUCUAAAGAUUCCAAUGUAGGAGAGUUUUUUACAAAGUUAGUUCAUAGUGAAAAGGCGAGAAUCAAGUCAAUAUGGGGAUUCAAUGAUGACAUGGAUAUAUCCUCUAUCAUGGAAGAACCACCUCUCUUGCCAUCCACAAUUAAUGAUAACUAUGAUGAGGAAAAUGCCAUCAAGUGUAAGAUAUGCUCUGCAGAAUUUCCUGAUGACCAAGCACUUGGUAACCAUUGGAUGGACAGUCAUAAAAAGGAAGCACAGUGGCUGUUUAGAGGCUAUGCAUGUGCCAUUUGUCUGGAUUCAUUUACUAACAAAAAACUAUUGGAAACUCAUGUUCAGGAGAGGCAUCAUGUGCAAUUUGUUGAACAAUGCAUGCUUCUCCAAUGCAUUCCUUGUGGGAGUCAUUUUGGAAAUACUGAACAAUUAUGGCAGCAUGUUUUACUAGUUCACCCUGUUGAUUUUAAACCAUCAACAGCUCCUAAGCAGCAAAAUUUUUCUACUGGCGAAGAUUCUCCUGUAAAACAUGAUCAGGGAAAUUUAGCCCCCUUGGAGAAUAAUUCUGAGAAUACGGGUGGUUUACGGAAAUUUGUUUGCAGGUUUUGUGGAUUGAAAUUUGAUUUACUACCUGACCUAGGUCGACAUCACCAAGCUGCUCAUAUGGGGCCGAAUCUGGCUAGCAGUCGCCCUGCAAAGAGGGGAGUUCGCUAUUAUGCAUAUAGAUUAAAAUCUGGCAGACUUAGCCGCCCUAAAUUUAAAAAAACUUUGGCAGCAGCAUCAUACAGGCUCAGAAAUAAGGCUAAUGCUAAUUUAAAGCGAGGCAUUCAGGCAUCAAACUCACUUGGCAUGGGAGGAAUAACCAUACAACCUCAUGUUACUGAAAGUGAAACAACAAAUAUUGGUAGAUUGGCAGAACAUCAAUGCUCCGCUGUUUCAAAGAUUUUGUUUUCAGAGAUUCAGAAAAUGAAACCUCGGCCUAACAAUCUUGAUAUUUUAUCAAUUGCUCAGUCUGCUUGCUGCAAAGUUAGUCUUGCAGCCUCACUAGAGGAGAAAUAUGGAAUUUUGCCUGAAAAGCUCUAUUUGAAGGCAGCAAAACUUUGCAGUGAGAAUAGUAUUUUGGUAAAUUGGCAUCAGGAGGGGUUUAUUUGUCCUAGAGCUUGUAAUGUAUCAAAGGAUCAAGCUUUGCUCUCUCCUUUAGCUUCUCUUCCUAAUAGUUCUGUAAUGCCCAAAUCUGUGAAUUUAUCUGAUCCUGCAAGUGAUGAGUGGGAGGUGGAUGAAUUUCACUGCAUCAUCAAUUCGCAUACUUUAAAAAUAGGUUCACUGCCAAAAGCUGUUAUCUUGUGCGAUGACAUUAGCUUUGGGAAGGAAUCAGUUCCAGUGAGUUGUGUGGUAGAUCAAGAACUUAUGCAUUCUCUUCAUAUGAAUGGGUGUAACAGACAAAAUAUAAGCCCUUCUAUGCCUUGGGAGACCUUUACCUAUGUUACAAAGCCAAUGCUUGAUCAAUCCCUUAGUCUUGACUCAGAGAGCCUGCAACUGGGAUGUGCCUGCUUAUGCAUUACUUGCUGUCCGGAAACUUGUGAUCAUGUAUACCUUUUUGGCAAUGACUAUGAUGAUGCAAAAGACAUAUUUGGGAAACCAAUGCGUGGCAGGUUCCCAUAUGAUGAGAAUGGCCGAAUAAUCUUAGAGGAAGGUUAUCUUGUCUAUGAGUGUAAUCAUAUGUGCAGAUGCAAUAAAUCCUGUCCAAACAGAGUAUUGCAGAAUGGAGUACGAGUCAAAUUGGAAGUCUUUAAAACAGAGAAAAAGGGAUGGGCAGUAAGGGCCGGUGAAGCUAUUCUACGUGGCACAUUUGUGUGUGAAUACAUUGGAGAAGUUUUAGAUGUGCAGGAGGCACGUGAUAGGCGCAAGAGAUAUGGCGCAGAGCAUUGCAGUUAUUUGUAUGACAUCGAUGCUCGUGUUAAUGAUAUGGGCAGAUUGAUUGAAGAACAAGCUCAAUAUGUAAUUGAUGCUACUAAGUUUGGAAAUGUCUCAAGAUUCAUCAAUCAUAGCUGCUCACCAAAUCUUGUCAAUCACCAAGUUCUUGUAGAGAGCAUGGAUUGUGAACGUGCACAUAUUGGUUUUUAUGCAAGUCGAGAUAUUGCUUUGGGUGAAGAGCUAACAUAUGACUAUCAGUACGAGCUUAUGCCUGGAGAAGGAUCUCCUUGUCUUUGCGAAUCCUUGAAGUGCAGGGGACGCCUUUAUUAGAACCUAAAUCUGUGUGUUGUUGCAACCAUAUUUUCUGAUUUUCAAUUUGGAACACAAAUGAUCUGCUCAACAUUAAAAGAUUCCAACAUGGAAUGGCCCAACUCUGAAGGAUUCCAUUAGCCUUGAUGUCUUCCAACAGAUGAUAACAAAUCAAUCACAUGAGGCAGGCAACUUGUGAGGGAGUCAGCUGUAAUUUGUUGGCUGUCUGGUAAAUUCACUGGAUUCAAGUGAUUUGGAUUGUUUGCCAUGUACAAUCUGCCGUUAUCCCCAUCUGGUAGAGUAGGCAUGUUUUUUGCAGCUUACUGCACAAAUGUUCUCCUUUCUCUUUUGCUUUAUUCUCCAAUUUUUCACUUUAGUGCCUGAUGUCAUGAAAUAAUUUGGCAAUCCCCCACUCCUUUUCUUCCGCCUUCACCCUUCCACCCACUACCAAAGAAAGAAAUCCCCAAGAGAAGUUCAGCAAAAAAACAUAUAUGCAAUUAAAGCUGUCUGGAUUAGCAAUUGUUCCGAUUUUCCAAAUUUUUUUUCCUCCGGAUCAUGGUUCUCAAUUUCUUUCGCCAGUGUUUCGGGAAUGUAAAUAUGUUAAGUUUUAACUUAUUCGUUCCUCCUUUUCUAUGUUAAGUAACUUAUUCAUAGAAAUAGCUUCCUUGUAAAUUGGGUCAUUUAAAGAUGAGUGCAGCUUUUGCUCCUUUUAAUUUAUACUAGUAGUGCCUUUUAUGAUGA